AUGGAUGAUGGAUUUGACUUAUUUAACUUAACUGACGAUAGUUUGAGAAACACCGGCGACGAUAAACGCAGUAAUAGUAAUAAUUAUAAUAUAAGUAAUAAUGUUGGUGAUGGUAAUGAUUACGACAAUGUUGAUGCUGAUGAUGAUGAAAAGAUGCUAAUUAUAGAAGGCGACAUAAUGCUAGGAGUCAUCCUGUCAGUGAACGAGCGUAGUGAUUCUAAACUCUGCGGACCUAGACUCAGAGAUCCAAGCUCAGUUCAGUUUGUUGAGGCCGUCCUAUUUACAGUUAACGAGGUCAACCGGAAACAGAUGCUUCCAGGAAACCUAAAGCUGGGGGUGGUGAUAGUAGACGACUGCGCCAAAACUGAAACGGCCCUCCUCAGGGCACUUCACUUUCUGCCUGUUCAGUGUGCCUCUCUUGACGGCGCUAGAAGUUUGUCUUGUUGUUGUUUUCCCGUUCCGAAUCAGCGCAAGGACUUUAAAUUUUUUGACGUUGUUGGCGUCAUUGGAGCUGAGAGUAGUUCAUCUAGCAUGGCGGUGGCCCAGCUGCUGGGCAUGAUUGCAAUGCCCCAGAUCAGCCCAUUCGCCAGCGGUGAUAUGUUGAGCGAUAAACGUAAAUACCCCUACUUCAUGCGCAUGUCUCCACCGAACCAGUACCAGAUGAGGGCCAUCUUGAGUUUGUUGAAGCAUUUCAACUGGACAUACGUGGCCACUGUCUACAGUCUGACCGGAUAUGGCGAGAGUGCUUUCAAGGAAUUUCAAAAUUUGGCGGAGAAAAAUUCAAUUUGUGUUGGAGUUAGUUUGGGGAUCGUUUCGCACAGUGAUGGCAAAGAACUAAACAGAAUUGUUACGCGAUUGGUCAAUACAAAAGUAGGCGUGGUUUUGCUACUAACUGACCAAGAGGAAACAUUACAGUUUCUACGCACCAUCAAAUCUCGCGAUCUGAUUGGUCGGUUCACAUUUUUGGGUGGGGAUGGAGUGGGAAUGAACCUGGAUGACCUUGACGGGGUCGAGGAGGUGGCGGUCGGUGGUUUGAGUGUAAGGGCAUAUGCCAAAAGUGUUCCGAAGUUUUUGGAUUAUUUUGAAUCACUGACGCCCUGUAGCCCUCAUUCAAACCCCUGGUUGAGACAGAUGUGGCAAGAUUUAAACCAACAACAACAGCAAGAUAAACAACAAAAUUACCAACAACAGCAUCAACAACAACCGCAGCCCAAUCUCAACUGCAACAAGACGAUCAACGAAACUUACGACUAUUCGAGAGAGAAGCCGCUUUCAAUUACGAUGGAUACAGUUUAUGUUUUCGUCGACGCCAUCAAACGCCUAAUCUCUAACUCCUGCUCGGAUUUGGCACAUUUUGGCCAGUUUCAUGUUAGAAAUAACUUUCCCAACCUCGGCCACCUCAGCUCACACGAUGAUGCCAGCGUUAAUCGAACUUCCCACAAUGAUAACAUUGAAAGUAGUAUUACAAACAAUAAUUACCUCCUGAAUACGAGUAUAAUAGGUAACAAUGGGGAGAUUAGAUUUGAUAACAAUGGAGACAUCAGAGGGAGAUAUGAGAUAGUGAACUUUCAGAAGAAUUCCUCCCGUCGAAACGGUUACAUGAGCCAGAGGGUUGCCGUGUGGCAUCUCGCCAAUCAGACGCUUGACAUUGAUGAUUCUCUCAUUCUCUGGAACACAAGAGAUAACAACCAAAAAGUAGUACCAGUGUCCGUCUGCGGUAGGGCUUGUGGUGUCGGAGAAUUUUACACCUACUUGAAAGAUGCGUGCUGCUGGGAGUGCAGGAAGUGUGCGGCCAACGAAAUCACCGUCCACAAUGCCACCAGAUGUGAACCUUGCCCAGACCUCUACUGGCCAAACACAGGCGGCGACCUAACAAAAUGCCUACUCAUUCCCCCCUCCGUUGCACAAUGGACUGACCCUCUGAUCCUGUUAAUAGUAACGGUAUCGACAUUCGGAAUGUUCACAUGCGUCGUAAUCAUCUACCUUUACAUCAAGCACAAUAAAAACCGCCUGAUCAAGGCCACGAGUCGCGAGUUGAGUUACUUGAUGUGGUUUGGGGUGGUUAGUCAGUACCUGCUGGCGUUUGUCGUCUGCGCGAGUCCCACAAAAAUGAUCUGCUACGUCAGGUAUGCCGGCUUCAACGUCAGCUUCGCGUUCGUCUACGCGCCACUCUUGGUCAGAACGAACAGGGUUUACAGGCACGUUGGCAAAAGGUCGAGACUAGGCCCCCCUAAAUGGACCUCCCCGUGUUCGCAACUGCUCAUCACUGUCUGCCUGUUGUCCGUUCAAGUCUUGAUAAACCUUUCAGCAAUAUUAUUCGGUAGAGAAAAACCGAACGAAGAUCUCUCCAUGCCAUUACCGAAACUCGAACCGAUUGUUGAGUUUCGCUGCCAAGCUCCGAUAAACGGUUUAGCGGUAUCUCUAGCGUACAACAUCCUACUGGUGGUCGCCUGCAGCUACUACGCAUUCAAAACUCGAUCGUUACCGGAUAACUUCAACGAAUCGAGAUGCACAGUCCUCUGCGUCUACACGACCUUCGUCAUCUGGAUCGUCUUCCUCCCGUCAUACCUGACUACGCAAAAGGCACAUCACCAAGCUCUCGUUCAAGCGAUGGCGUUAUUACUAAAUUCAAGUGUGACUCUGGCUUGUCUCUAUGUGCCGAAGUGCUGGGCGGUUUGUUUCAAUCGGAGCGGAGAAGUAACCGAAAUAACCGUUAGC